GUAUUUCAGUGAAUUUAGUUUAAAAUCUAAAUAAUUUAGCAAUACGAGGUUUGCUACCCUUUCGUAUUUAGGGACCCUACUUGUAACUAGAUGAUUUAUACACACAUACGAAUGCAACUGUUUUGAUUAUGUUCUCGAAAGAGUCGAGGAAUAGUGAUCAAACAAAUUUGCAUUUUAUAGAUUGUUAGCGUGUAUCAGCUGUGCAAUAUAUUUAUGUAACCUAAAAAAAAUGGCAGAGUGUCGAAGAGAAAUUACCGAUGAAAAACCAAAACCGAUAUUUCGUAACUUGGCAGCAGAUGAUCCAGAGCCAGAAACGACCGAGAUAGAGAGUCUUUGUGUAAACUGUGGAAAGAAUGGUACUACCAGAUUGCUUUUAACGAAAAUUCCUUAUUACAAGGAUAUUGUGUUAAUGUCCUUUGAUUGCGGACAUUGUGGCUAUCAAAAUAACGAAAUACAGAAUAGUGGGAAAAUUGCGGACAAAGGAAUCAGAAUAAUGUUACAAGUUACAUCACUUAAAGACUUGAAUCGUCAAGUAAUUAAAUCUGAUUACACCAGCAUAAAAAUUCCAUGCGUGGACUUUGAAAUCCCUUCUAGAUCGCAAAAAGGGGAAGUCACAACAGUUGAGGGAAUAAUAGAAAGGGUCAUUACUGGAUUGGAACAAGAUCAACCGGAGAGAAGAAAACAACAUCCAGAUGCUGCAGCACAAAUUGAUCAAUUUAUUGAAAAAUUAAAAAAACUUAAAUCUGUGGAUGAACCAUUUGUUAUGAUAUUUGAAGACAUAUCAGGAGAGUCUCAUGUACAGAAUUUAAAUGCUCCAUUAAAAGAUGAAAAUUGUGUUGUAACACAUUUUAAAAGAACGAUAGAGCAAGAUCACAUUUUAGGAAUUUAUUCCGAAAAUUCGGAGGAUACUUUGUUAAAACCUAUAAAAGAAGGAGAAUAUACAUUGGAGCAAAUUGAGGGUGAAGUACUAUCUUUUAGAACAAAUUGUCCAGAAUGCAAUUGUCCAUGUGAAACUAACAUGAAGAUGACCAAUAUUCCACACUUUAAAGAAGUGGUAAUUAUGGCAACUGUUUGCGAAUCGUGCGGACAUAGAACUAACGAAGUCAAGAGCGGCGGAGGUAUUGAACCUACCGCAGUAAAGAUAGAAGUAACAGUCGCGGGAAAAGAUGAUUUUAGUCGAGAUUUAUUAAAAUCUGAAACUUGCUAUUUAGAAAUACCUGAACUGGAAUUGGAAAUUGGUCCUGCAGCGUUGGGUGGACGAUUUACCACUGUUGAGGGUAUUUUAGUAGCGAUUAAAGAACAGUUAUUAACAUCGACAGCUUUUACUGGCGACAGUAGUGACCCCGAAACUGUAAAAAGGAUGGAAACUUUUAUAAAUCAACUAAACGAGGUAUUAGAAGGAAAACGAAAAAUAACAUUGAUAUUGGAUGACCCAGCAGGUAAUAGUUACAUACAGAGCCUUUCGGAUGAAGGUCUGGACGAUGGCUUAAAAAUCACGAAGUACGAGAGAAGUUUUGAACAAAACGAAGAACUUGGAUUGAACGAUAUGAAAGUAGAAAACUAUUAACCAGUCAUUGGAGAAAUCGUUAAUAUAAGACAAUGUCAAUAACACUAAGAUAAUGCCUCAGAUUUUAACGCAACAAAAAAUGUAAUAUAAGUGUACACAUUGUGUAAAUACAUAUUUUUUAUUGAAA